AUGAAUUUUAUACGUAGAGGUAUCAAGAGUAUUACCAGAACACAAUUAGAAACAUCAAAGUUCGGUUUCUAUUUAUUAACCCCAAUCGCCAUCAUGUAUUGGGUUGGUUUGGAUACAGAUAGGAAAUUCAAUUUACCUGGUUUUUGGCCCGAUCCAUCCACCUUAAAUCAAGUUCCUAAAGAACCUCAUGAAAUUCAAGCAGAAUUGGCCAGAAUUAAACGGGCAAGACUUGAAAAGAGAAAGAGAUUGGAAGAAAAAGCUAAAGAAUUGGGACUUCUAGAAGAAAAGGAAAAAGAGGAAGAAGAAGAGAGGCAAAAACAACAGCAAGGUGGUGUUGUGGCUGAAGCUAGUACAUAA